UUUCUUACUUAUUUGCUUACUGUUGAGUUGUUUAGAUUGAAAACAGUCUGAACUGUGAACUGUAUGGCCAAAAUCCAAAUGCUCCUUUCGAUGUUAUAAAAUAUUAUUAGGAGUUCAUCAUUUUCAAACCUAUAGUUUGUAUGGCGUGAAAAAACCCGGGAUCAUAUAUAAUAAAGAAAAUGCAUUACAAUAUUCCUUAACAAUAUAUCAUAGUCUGAUGUAGGUGUAAGGUUUGCGUACACUCUAUCCUCUCCAUUUCACACUUUGUGUGAUUACAUUGGGUAUGUGAAUUAAAGAAGACACUGCUCAGGUAAUCUACUGAGGAUAUUCAUAAGUAUUUCCUUUGAGUUGCCAUGGGUUAUCCUUCAAACCCUACGGUAUCACACUGCGUAAUCCAUUGUUGUUAUGAUGGCCUGGUUGUUAUGGAGGUUCAUGAUAAUUUUGAAGCUAAUCACUCCACACUUUUUAUUCUUUUCUCUGUGUUACAACUCUCAUAUUCUUCUUAGUUUUUGGAGUACAAUGUCAUCUUUAGCUGGGGGGGGGGGCAAGAAAUUAAUACCAGCAGAUAUCUUGGAGUACUUGGCUUGAAUGAAACCAGAGAUGUUUUAAUGGAGAACAACAUAUAUAUCUUUUGUUAAAUCUAUGUGUUUACAUCAUUACCAUUUCGAAAAUAAAUAAAUAAAUACCUAUAUGUUUACAGAAAGAAUCUAUAUGCAUUGUGUAUGGAACACAUGUUUCUCAGCUUGUGAAAAAAUGUGAGAAUUUGAAAAGACUGCAUUGCUUUUAAUAUCAUCAUAUUUGUUUUCUGUUAUCGUUGGUUGAAAAUGUACAAAAAACUUGAUUUCAUUCAAUCUCUAAAAGUGCAGUGUUUACUUAUGUAUGAUGCGCUAAGAGUAUUCAAUUUCAUUGCUAUGUAAGAAGUGGUUUAAACCCAUUUUCUCUUUUACUUUAUUAGAUCUUGUCUAGUCUAAGUCUUAUGUGGAUAGUGCAUUGUCGUUUUAAAGGUAUACAAAAUUUAUUGCAUCUCAAAUACUUUGCAUAGUAGUUGAGUCUUUACCAUGAUGUUUACCUUUUUCAAAGUUCCUUCUGAUGCAAGGACAAGUAGCCAUAGAUCCAUCAAAAGCUUCCAUUGAGGCAUCUCGUGCUACUUAAAUUCUUCAUUGUCUGAGCCCAAAGUAUCAAUUUCUCCUAACAUGCCACGAGGAUGUUUGUCAAUAUUUCUUUAGGAACCACUUUUCAACGCGAUAAACUUUCUAGUACUAUCUAUGUCACGGAGGAUAUCUAUAUCACGAAGAAUAUAUAGGAUCUUAUAGUCACCAGAAUUUGAGUCAUAACACAAUCCCAUACGACCACUUUGAUCUGGUGAAAGUUGUGCAUCAGGAAGUAUAAUUGAUUCUCCCGUGGAGGGGUUCCAUAGCAAAUAUAUGUCGUCUCCGCCCUCAGUAUUUCCAUUUACCAUCAUAAGAACCAAGCCAUCACAAGAGCAAGUGACUGGACAAAUAUAUGGUCUAGAGAUUAAAGGGAAAUCAAGUUUUCGCACAUUCUUAACUGGUUGAUCCGAUGAUAAAUUCAAACAAUACAUGUUAUAUUACUAUCUUUAGGACAACAUUGCCAAAUAAGGAGUUUUUGUGAAUUGAGGUCAUUCUUGGCCCGAUUGAGAUGUUUCUUUUCAAAGUGAGGGUCGGAAAUUAAUGUUUUCCAUGGUUUUGAAAUACAUUUGAAUUGAAAAAGAGAGUGCACUGGUUAUCUGGUGAGGAUGUCCAUAUGUUUUUCGUCUAGAAAAUGAGUUGUCAUGGGCUAGAUAAAUAGAUAAUAAAAUGUUAUGUUCAAAACAUAUACAUAGAAAUGUAAAGUAAGUAAAACAAUUUUAGGUAUCUUACAUGAUCAACAAUAUUCAUUUGCUUUUCUGUAAUUGAAAUCGAUUUCUUCAUCUUCUUUUGUUGAACUUUGAAAAGUUUUGAGUUUUCAUUGAAAAGACUUGUGAUUUUUGUAUAUGCUUGCUAGGGUUUUUUUUGUUGACUUAGGGAGUGAUUGAUUGGGCCGGGUUGGGUCCAUCUUUCCUUUUUAAUUCUUAUGACCUAUAUAUCAACCCUCACUUUCACAUAAAUCGCAUGAAUUACGUCACUUAAUUUACACUCCAAAUAUUUUGUAAUGAUUAAAAAAAUGUCUAAACCCUUUUAACUCAGAACCUCCAACCUAGUAAAAGAAAGAAAAGAAUCGGGCCCAAGGAGCUAAGAGCUUGGGUAACCCGACCUACAUAUCUCUCAAUCUUUCUUCAAUUCAAAAGGCCCUACAAUUCAAAUUGAAUUUGGGAAUUGCAGAAUUUUUUUCAAUUGAAGCAGAGAGUCUUCAAAGCUCAACAAAAGAAGCAAUCUUUUCACAAAAAAAAAGGCUAAGCUUUUCAAUAAGAAAAUGUUAUCAAUGGAGAAGAUGUGAACCACAAUUUGGGGGAGGUAACAAAUAAUAAUUUGGGUAUCCCGUGGAAUUAGUAUACACCCAAGCUGGCACACAGGAUGCUGCGAUUAUCAAAAAAGAAUCAGUGGAACUAUUGAUCAGAUUAAGGAAAGAUUGAGUUUCUUCAAUCAAUACUUAGCAAUUGAGAAACCAGUAAUCACUCCAAAGAAAGAUGAGACGGAAAAUUAAGAAUAAGGGAAAGUUAGCAGAUAGUAGUUCUGCUCUAGAGAUACAAAAACAGAAGAUGAAGUCCAUUGCAACUCCAAAGGUAGAUGUUGAUCUUUCCAAUCAAAUUCUUAUUAGCAGUGGAAUUGAUGCAAUCCAAAAGUUUAAUCAGCUUUCAAAAGGGAAGAGCGCUGUAGAGCCAUCAAAUGAUAACACAGACCAGAUGGAUGUUGAUGCCAUGGCAAUUCACUUCUCAGAGGUAAUACUUAUGGACAUCCUUAGCAGGUUACCUGUGAAGUCUCUACUUCGAUUCAAAUGUGUGUCAAAAUUUUGGGAAAAAUUGAUCUCCGAUCCAUACUUGAAGAUGAAGCAUCUAAAUCGUGCCAAGAAUGAUCAAGAUUCUCAAAAACUUCUUACUAGCCUAAGGUGCCGUAAUAAUGGUAUAUGUUCCAUGUAUUGUUGUCCUUUGUCACCUGUUCAGCUGGUUGAGGAUGUACAAAAACUCGAUUUCCCUUCAAACCCUACACCAUUCCCAUGCACAAUCCAUUGUUGUUAUGAUGGAUUGGCUGUUAUGGAGGUUCCUGGUAAUUUGAAUGAAGAUACCACAUUUUUGCUGUGGAACCCCUCCACAAGAGAAUCAAUUGAACUUCCUUCUCCAGAAUUUCGACUGAACAAAAGUUCUUCUUUUGGUUUGGGUUAUGACUCAACCAGUAGCGAGUAUAAGAUUGUUCAGAUUUUUCAGAAUAUGGAUUUACCUUGUGAAAUUUUUGUACUGAAAGGUGGCUCUUGGAAAAGAAGUGUUAAGCAUCCUCAUGGCAUUUACAGUCUGAUGUUUGCUGUGCAGUUUUUGACAUUUGCACAUGCGGCAUUUCAUUGGAUCGGUAUGUCACGAAAUCAUGCUGUGAUGGUUUCGUUUAGUAUUUUGAAUGAAGUGCAUGGAGAGAUUCCCUUACCGGAGGAAAUUUCAGUCUCGGAUGUUAUUGGCGUUACACUGUUGGAUGGAAUGCUUUCUCUUCAUUCUAAUCGUCCUUAUGAUCAAAGUAACAGUACUAUUAAGUUAUGGGUAUUGAAAGAGUAUGGUAUCAAGAAAUCUUGGAUUCCAUUCUUAUCUAUCGAAGAUCCCUAUAUUGUUUAUGCUAUACCGAAAUAUAGGUUUCCGGAUGGUGAAGUGCUAUUCAUGUGCCUUGUUGGGGGUUCAUUAAGGACACUUAGUGGACCAUUUGGAGCAUGGCCCGAAGGUCAUACCUUAUUAGAGGCACAUGCUUUUACAGAAAGCUUGAUUUCUCCAAGAUCACCAGUUUUUGGAGUACAAUGUCAUCUUUAGCUGGCAGGUCUGGGGGACGAGAAAUUAAUACCAGCAGAUAUCUUGGAGAAAGAAGUGUUUGUCUAUCCAUUAUGUGGAGUACUCGUCUUGAAAUAGACCAGAUAUGUUUUAAUGGAGAAAUGCAACAUGUAUAUCUUUUGUUAACUCUUAGGUGUUUACAGAAGGAAUAUAUAUGCAUUCAGUAAGGAAUAGAGGUUUCCAAAGAAUGUUGAUUGUGAGAAAUUGAUAAGAGUGCAUUGCUUCUGUUAUUAGCAGGAAUGACAUUUGUUUUUCUAAUAUUUCCUAGCACAGUAACUGAAAUUCUCACAAACGAUAAUUUGAAUGUAUGUGUUUUUAUAUUUCUUCAAGAGCUCACCGCUCUUGUGAGAUAAUGAUAGCUUCUUGUCGUUGUUAGUUGUUAA